CUGCCUUUCAUUUCCCGUGGAAUAUAUUUCUAUCUUCUUCUUUUAUAUAUAUAUAUAUAUAUAUACAUGUUGGUGUUUUGCUCUUUGAUUGGCUUUCUUUUGAAGCUUUUUUGAGGUUCAUCAUAUAACUUCUCGUAUAUAUCAGAAGAAUAAUGAGAAAUCCUUGCUGUGAGAAAGAGGGCACAACCAAAGGAGCUUGGUCUAAGCAAGAAGAUCAAAAGCUCAUUGAUUAUAUUACAACUCAUGGUGAAGGUUGUUGGCGUUCUCUCCCUAAGGCUGCAGGUUUGCACCGCUGUGGCAAAAGUUGUAGGCUUAGAUGGAUUAACUAUCUAAGACCAGACAUCAAACGUGGUAACUUUGGCCAAGACGAAGAGGAUCUUAUCAUAAAGCUUCAUGCCCUCCUAGGCAAUAGGUGGUCGCUAAUUGCUGGAAGGUUGCCUGGUAGGACAGACAAUGAGGUGAAGAACUAUUGGAAUUCUCACAUCCGUAAAAAGCUAAUCGCUAAGGGCAUUGACCCAAAUAACCAUCGCCUAAACCAAAAUUAUAAAUCUCCUCCUCCUCCUCAAAUGGAUCUUGUUUCUUCUGGGGGUGCAACACCGCCCGGAUCAGUGAUGAGCCAUGCAUGCAAGCCAAUAGUCGAAAACGAUAGAGCCUCGGACGAUGCAGCAAGUUGUCUUGAAGAAGAAGAAACAUCUGGUAACCAUAUAACAACCAAACUGAAUCUGGAUUUAACCAUUGCCUUUCCUUCCCCUUCAGCUAAGAUGGAAACAAUAAACACAUUUCCUACCCUUGUCCUUUUCAAUUAAUUUGCUAGAUCAUGAUCAAUCGGUAUACAUAUAUAUAUAUAUAUAUAUAUAUAUAUAUAUGAAGAGAGAUUGAUAAUUGGAUUAAAGUCAAUCUCAUAGUCUAGGAAUCUCUUUUUGCUGAAGAAGUACAGAUCUGGAUGCUACAGCAAAUUAAUCAAUUAGAAAGUAACAAAUUUAUAACCAAGAGAAGUUUGGAUCCAAUUCUUUUGCAUGAAGAGAAAGGAAUAUUCAAGGCCAACGAGAUGAUAAAGUUUUGAAGAUAUUUAGUGCACUUGCAUGCAUAUUUGCCAAGAAGCCCAAAACUAAUGCAUACAUAUAUAUUAUUGUUUUGUGUAAUUGCUUGCUAAUUACAAUUAGCUAAUAAAGCGUAUAAAUAGUUAAUUAAGGUUGGUUUAUUGGUAAGACCCUCACAUUCAUAUCAUAAUAUGUAUCAUAUCAAAGGGUUCAAAACAUAUACCGACUUCUUAUUGGAUCCACUAUUAUAUA